GGUAACACGCAUGCCUCUCAUUUUACGUCCUGGGUUCGCUUCCCGGAUGGAUGCGAGAAAUGUUAUGAGUGUGACUAGCAAACAUGACAGGAGUUCUCCGGGUACUCCAGUUGCCUCUUGUACUAACACUGGACAACAAGGGACCUAACAAAGAACAAACCACCCGAAAGGCUAAUAAGUUGAAAAUUGUAAAUAAAAAGGUGUGCAGCUCUAUAAUGGCUCUGUCAGAAGGCUUGUUAAAGCUCAGAUGGAACAAUCAUGAAGCUACCUUUUGCCAUAUCUUACACAGACUUCGUAGUAAGCCACGUUACUCGGAUGCAACUCUGGCAUGUGAAGGUCGUCUCUUCAUGGUCCAUAGGCUUGUGCUUGCCACAUGUAGUGACUUCUUCGAUGAGAUAUUCCAGCAGACACCCAGCGACACUACACGGGCAGUGAUAGUGCUCAACGAGGCACGUGCUCAGGAUGUGGAGUGUUUGCUCGACUACAUGUACUGUGGUCAGGUUAAUGUGCGGCAAGCUAACCUGGCAUCUCUGCUGAAGACGGCGGAAUGCCUCAAGAUUAAGGGUUUGGCUGUUCCUGAGGCCAAUGUGAGCACAUCAAAUGCAAAGCGCAAUCAGGAGCAUUCACCUUCACCUGACAGUCCACCACCACCCAAGAAGAGGAGAAAGAAGAAAACAUCUUCUCCUGUAACAUCAUCAACGACCACGACAACAUCAGACUCACUCAUUGUUCCAUCUACCCCUCUAACAUCAUCACCAUGGCACACCAACAGUGAAUCUCCAAAUUUCAGCAGCCUGCAAGCUUCCACAGCCCCACCUACCAUCCCCAUUAGUUCUGCCUCAUACACCCAACCUCUUCAACACACUUCCACUUCAGUUAGUCAGUCCCUACCUCUGACUGUUCCUUUAAAGGUAGCUGUUCCUGUGACAGAUGUAGAGAAGGCCAAUCAAAAGUCUGGUUGGCUCCAGAUUGUGUCAUCUAUGCGUCAGGGAUCAAAUGAAACCCAAACGACCCCAGAUGGCUCUAAUGUUAGUCAACAACAAUCACAUCAGCCCCAAAAGCAGAACUUGUCCCACUCCAAGAAAAACAGAUCUUUGCAUAAAUCUUCAUCCAUGGACACUCACCCAAGCCAGUUUCUCCAGACGGAGAUUAAAGAAGAAGUGAAAGAAGAGCCUUUACCAAUACCCUUGGGACCUGAUGAUCCACUGGCAGAGGAUGAGAACAGCUGGGAGGACUCGGAGCAGAACCAAGAGUCAGGAGAUCGUCCCAUGUACCGGAGGAUACCUUCACUUUACCCUCCUCCAGGACUGCACCCAGUGGUGUCAGGCAGUGGUCUUACUCACACCACACCUGUGUUACCACUUGGACUGUUUCGUGUGGGAUCAUAUGCUGUGCAGAGUGGAGGACAAGCAUGGGAGAACACAGGCCAACUGAGACAGUCUCCAGAGCCAGGGAAUCAUGAAGUGUUGCCCAGUGCCAGUCAGCAGGCUAUGGACUUGGGUCUUAAUCAUCUGGUUGGUAUGAACAAAAAGGGAUCUUCUCCGAGCCAGGCUACAAUGUCUCCUAAGCUGAUGCCAUACGCCAUGUGCUCCAACUGUGGCACCAACAACACUAAACUUUGGCGACGUAAUGAUAAAGGUGAAAUUGUGUGCAAUGCUUGUGGGCUGUACUUCAAGCUACAUGGAAUCAACCGACCCAGCCACCUUUUCCGUACAGCACCCAUGACACGUAGGAGGAAUCCCAAGAAAAAGAAGGAAGCUGAGACUGCUAUCCCUGAGCAGCUGGAACAGAUAGUUAGUGAUUCAUCCCAGGAUAAAGAGCACAUACCAGAGACAGACCCACAGGAUGGCUUAGCAGUUCUCAAUGCAGCUCUAACGCUCAACUCACUCCUGGCUAAGGCCAAGGCACAGCAGUCUGAAGCUCUAGCAGCCCAGAGAGCAGCACCUCACUUCACAAACAAGAGCCCAUCCGAUUCUGUUAAUGAAUCUCGUCCACCCCCGCCUCUGCUGAAGAUUCCUGUACCAGUACGUGAGCAAGAGUUUACAGCUCCUGAACUUCCCUUUGUGGGGCCAUCUAGGGAGGACAGUCCUCAAGAUCCAGGAGGAACCCAAACUCCACCCAGUCAGUCUCCUCAUCCUCCACCACCACCAUCACCUCCACCACCUCAACCACCAUCAUCCCAGGAGAAUGAUGAAGGCAGGAUGUUAAUUUCCCAAUUUCUUGAUAAAUGAGAGGGACAAGUGCUCUCAGCCUGUGUUCAGGAUUGGUAGAGCAGACAUUGAAUUUUCUAUGAACCACAUUAUGGUCCCAAGUGAAUGGAUGGUGGGGGAACCUUUACUAUACUAUCAAAAUUUAUGUCUGGGUUCUUUAAUAGAGGAAAUUCCUCUUUAAAGGGUUGGGCAAACUCAGGGGAGUCAGUCAUGUUAUACUGCUCGUUUAAAUGAUUAAUAAGAUGAUGAAUGCUCAAUAUCACAUUGAGUAAUGGUAAAAAAAAUUACGUAUAAGUUAUUUAAUGUUUAUGCUGAUUUUUGCAUGUUAGCAUUUUAUUGGAUGCUGUAUCUUUCUCCCAAGUGAAGAACAGACAUCAGCUCAUUAUUUGUAAGAUUAGACACAGUAGGUAUUGCUUUAAGAUCUGUAUUAUGUAAGCUCAUGGACAAAUCUCACAAGCGUCAUUUUAACAUUAUAAGGUAUAUUUCAAAUGCUUUAAAAAUGUGUCACAGUUUGAGUGACUGAGACAUAUCAGUUAUGAAAAUUGUAAUCCAAAUCUGUAUAUGUGAUACUUUGUGUGUACUAUUUACAAAUUAAUUUUGAUGGGAAGAAUUUGUAUAAAUGAACUUGUUUGUAUAAGAUUUAAUGAUUUUAAUCAAUGACUAGUUGUAGUAGAAUGUGUAUAUUAUGAGUCUUAGCAAGUGUCAGUUAUUAUGCUGCCAUCAAACAAACAAACACACACACACACACUCUUAACCAUUUCUGCUCAAGUGAAGAGAACGUGAGUUUAACCUCUGUGUGUUAUUGUCUGGGAAUAAUUCCGAACACAAAAACAUCUGUACAGUAUCUUUUUUUCUUUUGUUUUCUCUCUUUCGGUGUGUCAGUACAAUUGAUGUUACAGAAGAUUGUUUGAUUUAUGAUAGAUUUAACUCAAACACUAAAUACUUUGUUCGGGUUUCCGGUCCAUGUUUAAUGUUCUACGUCAAAAUGUAGCGAUAAACUGUACUGCGACUGUUCUUAGGGGUGUUGACAGUGGCACCUCAGGUUUUUUCUUUUUUUAGACCACACUGUGUUCUUUGUCUCAGAAAUGAUAUUACAUAGAACAAAUUACAAGAUUGUUAUGCAGUGGUUUUGAUGCUGUAAACAUUCAUUGUUUCCCACAGUUACUUCCAUAUUGCUUGAAUAUAUAUUGUACUGCUGUUCUUUCUAUUCUCUUAAGAAUGAAGUAUGCUUGUGUCUGGGUAAUGCUCAAUAUAUUAUCCUCAGUCUACUUAAACUGUUUGCUUUAAAGUUAUUUUGUGUGUGUGCGUGUGAGAUUCUUUCUUUAUUGCCAGUCACUUGUUGUCAACAUCGUUUGUAGAAUGGCUGAAUAGAAUUUUUUUUUUUAUUAAUUUUAUAGUUAAUAUGCUUGAUUAAGGUAUAAAAAGGCAUAUCUACAUGUCAUAUAAAGUUAUGUCAUCUUUACUUGUUAUGUACAGCGUCUGGAAUCCAAUGUAACAUGCACAAAGGUUUCUCUUCGUACGUGAGGAAAGUUUUCAUAAAGCUCCUCAGUUAAAGGGAGAUACAUGUAGAGUCUUGUGUUUAUACCACUUGUCUAGAUUGUGAUUUGGUUAUGGAGGUAAUGUCAGUUUACUUCUGCACAUCCAUUCAUAGAAAUUUAGAUGUCGGGUUUUAACUUGUCAGUGCCUACUCAUUCUUCACACUCUUUAAAAGUUAUGUGCUUACACAGACAGAGGUGCAUGCUGACGUGUUUGCAGGAAAACACUCGAACACUUGCAUGUUUUACCAUUGAUGUGAUGUAUAAGUUGAAGUACCUGAAGAAGACUCUGCUUAAUGAAGGUUGUGGUAAUGUGUGUUGUUUGGCUGGAUGAAAUGAGUGAUCUGAUGUACACUUCCACAUAGUUGAAACAAGUCUAUUUGAGAUUGAUGGUAGACUAUUUUUCAUUUAAAUAUCGUAUUUGAUGAAUUGCCAUAAGAUUUUUUAGUGCUUCUGUUGUAGUCAUGACCUUCCAGAAUUACUUACGUGGCUUCGUAAACCAUCCCCAGAUAAAGAAAAUAUUCAUUUUUUUGUUAUUCACUUGUUCAGUUGAAAUGUGUUGAAGUGUUUUGGGUAUGUGUGUGUUUGUGUAUGCAUGUACAUUUAUGCUUUUAUUUGUGCAUUUUGUGCCAAAUAGGCCAACUUUGCUCAUGCAGCUUAAUCAACAUAUUCUAAUACAAUAUGUCUUAACUAAACUGAAUCUCAAAUUUGCAAAAUAAUACAAAAUUUAUGCUUAGUUUCAUACCAACUUUUUUCUGAAGUGUCGUUUGUGCUAAAUGCAUCGUGGUGUGGAUUGUAUUCACUCAAAAUAUUAUUAAUCACAGAUACCAGUCAUGUGCUGCAUAUCCUUGUAUGCCUACUGUGUAUUGUAUCAUAUAGGCUGUGACCCACUUCUUGGCAGGUCCCACUUCAUAGUAGGUCUCACUUCAUAGCAGGAUGAUUCUUGGCAAAACUCCUACACAUCUCCAUCCCUCUUUUUUAGUUAUGUCUCAUAGAUUCUCCGUACUUUAUUCUUCUACCUUGUCUCGGCUCUUAUUUGUUUCUACCGCUAAUAUCUCUUAUACAGUAUAGGCUCUUCUUAGUUAUUCUCACAUGUUCCUCAGUACUCUUUUCUUACUUUCAUUAUUUUGUACAACAAUAACAAUACAGGUAAUGGGGGUAUUACUUCUUUCCCCAUUCUGGUAACUCUACAUGUUCCAGAAUUACUCCUCAAGAUUUAUCCCAACUUUUAACAUUUUCCCACCUGCUUACCUUCCAUUUUGAUACACUUUGCAUUUUACAUAUUCUGUACUGUACAAUAUUUCAGUGAGGGGCAUCUUUCAUUUAAAAUUGGUAUGUACAUAUUUUAGAAAGUACUGUACAGAUUAAGUUCAAUUUCAGUUUUGCUUUAUUUAUACAAAAAUGUAUUUCAAUAAUAUGCCAUUUUUCAUUAUGUAGCCACCUGUUUUUUUUUUUUUUUUACAAACAAAUAUUCAUUCUUUUUCUGCAAGUACAAUUUCACUCAUACAAUAGCAAAACCAUUUUAGAAAUCAUAUUGGCAUGUGUUUUUUUAUAUUUUAUUGUACCUUCAAGAUAAAAAUAUGACAUGUUCAGUGACUGUAGUGUUUGUGUUGACUAUACAUGCACUGCCACUGAUUGAUUUAUAACAGCAUUUGUAAUACAUCUGUGUAGCUUUUCCAGUUUAACCAUUCAAGAUGACAGUCAUUAUAGUUAAGAUUAAGAAAUUAACUGAGACAAGGAAUUAAUUGAGGUUGACAGGAUAGAACAAGACACAAGAGGAACAGAUGGAGGUAUUUGUAGAUGAAUGUAAGUACAAGAUAAUUGAUGUGACUGAUAAGGAAAUGUUAAAGAAAUUAUUGAGAAGGAGAAAAAGUGUUCCAUAUGUUGGAUUUACGAUGUCUCGGAACUUGAACAAAUCAGAUCUGAUGAGCCAGCCUGCACAAGGUGGAUUGUAGCAGUAUCAGAAAAGACCUCUGUUUCUUGUGGCAUGAUCCCAAACCUUGGCAUAAUAUGUAAGAUAUGAAGACCAUACGGUUUUAUACAAUACUUCUUUAGAUUAUAAGUUUUGUACAUAAUCUUAUGCAUAGUGGAGAAUGUUAUGUAUACAAUUGACAUUAAUAGGCAGUUUUUGCAGCUUAAAUUAUUUCUGGCUUUCAUCAUUUGAUAUAAGAAGUAUUUUCUAUAUAAUUUUUAGUCUUAUGACUUAUGUCAUCAUCAAAGAUUUGAUAUUAGAAGAUUAUAUUUUGUGACACAUUUCACAAGCAUUGAUAAACUUCAUCCAAGGCCUUAGAGAUGUUAAUAUUCAGGUUAAUGCAGACUCCUAACUGCAGUACUAUUUUUGGAUGCAAGCUCAGUAGCACUCAAGUCAAACACUUGGACUUGUGGUUGUUGAGUUAUUAAUAAAUGUUAACAACAAACACAGUAUAUGACAGCGAAAUGAAGUACAGUAUGAACCUGUGAUAGUUGUCUCUUGGUUUCUGGGUAUUUUAUGAACUUUACAUUUUGUAAUGUAUGGGUAAAUUAACCACCAAAGGGACUGUGUAGUUCAGUAAUUACAUCUGACGGUUAAGGGAACUUUUACAUUUAUUUGCUGUACUGUAUAUACAAUGUACUGAAAUGUUAAUAAGGAUUCGACUAGAUAAUGUAACCACAAAAGUCAACAACUUGUGAGUGAGACAUAACAGCAGCUGUAAAGAUUGUUACUGUGUCUGGCACACUCGUCGGCCUUGACCAGUGUGUUUUUCUUAUUUUCUCCUAAGUGAUUGUAUGUAUAUAUUAUUUUAUAUUAGGCUUUUCUGACUUAGUUUGAUGGCCUGUUUAUACUCCUGUUAAUUAUUAAAAUUGUUGUUAUGUGGGUGAGUUGUAUAUCAUUUUGCAUGAGUUAUCGUUGUCGGGAUAAGAGUUGCCAAUUAGUUAAGCGGCAGAUGUUCAAGGGAAUUAUAUUUUUCUUACAUACGGGGCCCAGGAAUUGGCCAUUUAAGUAGUAACCUACCUCUAUUGUGUGUGUGUCUCCUUAGUAAAGAAGCAGUGAGCAAAGUGGACAACACUUACCACUGAAAAAAUGUAUCAAUAAAUUUCAGUACAGAGAAACCUGUAGUAGGUAAUAUACAGUAGCUGCUGGAUAAGAGUAUGUAUUCUUAUGCUUUAUUUAACAUAUAUGAUUUUACGAACUACUCGAGAAUUUUUAUCAUACAUACUGAGGGUAAUUCUAGCAUAACUUAGAACAAAAGUUUGGCUCGUGUUUAUUCCCAUGUUCUGCCCAAACUCUCUCUCACCAGAGUGCGCUCCCUGUACAUUAAAGUAUCUGUCAACCGAAAAGUUUGGGACCAAGAAUAUUCUGUAAAAAUACAUAAUUACGUAAAGUGGAAGUUAUCACGAACUUGUGUCCAAGGGAAGCAUGUAGUGUAAACCCUAGCACUUGUGUUCAGUAUGGUUAUGUUAUUAGUGACUACAAAUACCUGUACAUUAACUUACUUCAUUAUUCUCUAUCACUCUCACCUUUUCAUCGUUCUGUUAUAAUCACCAUAUAACUUACUCCUUAAACUCACGUGAAGACAAAUAGACUCAUCACACACACACACCCACUUAACCAGUUGCUUAAUAUCCAAUUUCUCUUUUUUGUUCUCAUGUAAUAGUUAUGGAAAAUUAAAAAAAAAAUUACUCCAUACUCUUAAAAUUCGUAUUAAGAAUGUUCAAAUCUUUCAUAAGGAAGAUUUUGGGUUGACAGAUACUUCCCUGUAGUAGAUAUAAAUGAUACAGUUGAUAUUCAAGAGUUAUCUCCUGAAUACCUAGACAGGGGGUUGGGUAAAUGAGUAGUGAAGUCUAAUAUUCUGUUCUUAGUUGGUUGUAGUGUAUGAGUUGGUGGGGAAAAAAUUACUGUACUUGUCCUCUAAUUUAAUUUUUAUGCUCUCUCUCUCUCUCUCUCUCUCUCUCUCUCUCUCUCUCUCUCUCUCUCUCUCU